AUGAAAUUUCAUUCCGGACCGAGUGACUUCGAUGCCCGACUCCUCCGCCGCUUGGUAGGGACUAAGGUCAUUACCUUUUGUGACCUCAACCCCUUACAACAGCCUUCUACCGAAUUUUGCUUACCGUCUGCCAUCCCUCUAUCUGCGGGGCCCCCUCGGGGGAUCUCUCCUCCAGCGGCCUCGCCUACCACGAACUCCCUCGCUCCGGCCUCGCUUACUACUGCCUCCUCCGUCACGACCCCUACCAUUUCCUUCUCUUAUUCGCUCCCGCUAAGGAUCAAGCGCUCAUGGAAUAUCACGGAAAAGCUCGGGGAGACGGCUCUCCAUCUCUCACAGGACGAAGUCGACAUGGGCAUUGGGCCUCCUCAAACAGUUGGCAAAUUUCUGUGCCACCUUGAGGACGAUCCGACGCAAAUAGCGUUAAUGCGAAUCUAUUACCAGAUUCCUAUCACUGGCACAGAGGACGCUAAUCUCGAUACACUAGCCCAGCAAAUCCAACCUAAUCAGGUGUGUGGUGAACUAGAGGCGUUUAGGCAAUUAAUGAGUCAAGGCUGCAGCUCUGUUCCACGUCUCCUUGGUUACUGCAAGAGAACGCAAGGGGAACAUGAGCUCGUUCCCGGUGGCUUUGCUAAAUACCUCGUAUGGGAAAAGGUGCCUGGAGAGCCUCUUACAGAGGAAUCUUUCUGGAGCUUAGAUACCCGUGUACGAGAGGAUAUCCGUGCUAAAUUUCGGGUUGCAUUUGAAGAGAUGCUCCGUUGUGGCGUAAAACCACAGCAACCUGGAAUCUCGAAGAUUAUCUAUGAUCAGCCCACUGGCAACGUUCGCAUUUCGCGGCUUCGAAGGGGAUGGCCAAUCCGUGAAAAGCUUGAAUGGCGAGACACCUUUUAUGUCACGUACACGCUGGCUAAGCGACCUGACGAGAGGGACUGGCGAUCUCACCCGGACAAAUGGGAGUUAUGA